GUUCGAUAUGAGAUUGGAAGAUGGAACUCCCAGCUUCUGGGAAUAGAGUUCCUGAUCAGGUGAUAAUUUGGACUUGUUUGCCAUGGCUAUCUUGAACCAAUUAGUUCUAAUUGGAGAACCCCUAUUAUGGCCGAAGGGUUUAACCCAACACCUUAUGGCACGUGCUGAUGAUACCCAUGAACCACCUGUGUCCAAAUUCCCAAAGGCGCCCCUCUGUUUCGGGAGGGUUUGCGGCGUGUCAAGCCCUGGUAAGCUAGCUAGCUAGCUGCUACUUCACCACAUAUAUUUCUGCAUGGAUGUGCCGCCAGGCGAUGGCACGUCGGACAACCGCCGUGUCGGCCCCGGAAAGCGGAGAGCCGCCACCCAUCCCGAGGCGGCGGACGGCGCUCCACCGGCCAAUGCCCCAUGUGGGGCAUGCAAAUUCUUGAGGAGGAAGUGUGUGAGUGGAUGCAUAUUUGCUCCUCAUUUCGGGUCGGACCAAGGCGCUGCCAGGUUCGCCGCCGUGCACAAGGUGUUCGGCGCCAGCAAUGUUUCCAAGCUUCUAAUGCACAUCCCGGCGAACCGGCGGCAUGAUGCGGUGGUAACGAUAUCAUAUGAGGCUCAGGCCAGGCUCUCCGACCCGGUCUACGGCUGCGUGUCUACUAUUAUUGCUUUACAACAGCAGGUGGCAUCACUUCAAGCAGAGCUCUCAGUGGUACAAACUCAGCUCCUAAACACCAGAUUUGCUAUGGCAAAUGCACUUCACCACAACUCACCACCACCACCACAACAACAGCAGCAGCAGCACAUUGCAGCAACUUAUUCCAACACAUCCUCAGCCUCCAACACUCUGAUUAGCAUGCAUGGCUUCAGCCCCAACCUGGGAUCAGACACUACUGCACCCUCUAAAACUACUUUUCAUGACCACCCCAUGAACAGUAGCGCUCGUCUCUCCGCCCCGACGACAGCCACUCAACACGAUCAUGAGGAGGAAGAAGAGGACGAAAGCCAUGAUCCUGUUGCAUUUGCUAAUCACAUUUUUCACUGACAUAUAUAUACUGUACUUACAUCAAACCAUCAUCAUCAUCAUCAAUCAAUGUUACUACUACUUGUAAGCAAUAAAUUAUGUUCUUUAACAACACUAUUACAUCAAGAAAGCUUUGUUUAUAGUCCUCUUAUGUUUGAUUCAGUAUAAUAGUCUAGAGGUAAAGCUCUUAAGGUACCAAAUGCUAGCUAUCAUUUGGAGGGUGCAUGUUUGCAUGCUUUGGCGAGUUAUCAGUUGACUGCGAACUGUGGGUCCAGUUUUGAUCGGAUUGUUGGGGUUUGAAGAUCAUCUUUGGAGGCUUUUUGGUCAUUUCAAAGGGU